UUUUCGCGGAAGAAAAACGUUCCAGUUCAGUGAAUUGUCUCUUCUUUCCUCUCGCGCCUUCGGGAGGCGUCGCGUUCUCUGCAUCUUUCUGCCGGUGACCUUGUUCCGUCUCUCCCGUUGUUGCGUUCUGCUCCGUCGCAGUUCGCAGACUCAUCUUCUUUCCUUUUAGGCGGUCUAUGUCUCUUAUUUUCUCCUCCGCAGUUCCUUUUCUUCGAACGCUUCUAUGAAACCUUCCCUGUCGCCUGCUGUCGCUUCUUUCUUUUUUCUGUGCUUCUCUUGGUCGCCACCCUUCGCGUCCCCUCUCUUUCUUCUCCCCGUUUCAUCUCUCGCGGUUUUUCUUUUUUCUAUCUACUGCUCUUCGCCCGUUCCUCUCUUUUUCAUCAAGUUUAUUCCGCUUUCCUCCCAUUUUUUCCAUUUUCUCCACCAUUUUUACUUCACUGUGUCGGGUCUUUCCUCCCAUUUUUUCCAUUUUCUCCACCAUUUUUACUUCACUGUGUCGGGUCUUUCCUCCCAUUUUUUCUCCAUUUUUUCCACCAUUUUUACUUCACUGUGUCGGGUCUUCCUUCACGCUUUCUCCAUUUUCUCCAUCUCUCCUGCCUUCUUCUGUCUGUUAAUAAUGAGGAUCAGUCGCCGGAAACAAUUCAAGCGCGUCAUGCGUUUCUACUCCGUCGGCUUCGGCAUCAAAGAGCCAUUCAAAGUUCUCGUCGACGGCACCUUCUUGACUGCGGCACUGAAGCAUCGCCUCUCUCUCGCCGACCAGCUUCCUCUUCUUCUCGGCGGUCAAUGCUCAAUCCUGGUGACUCCGUGUAUCGUCAGCGAGCUUCGCCAGCUUCCACGAGAGAAAAGCAUCGGUGCCAUUGCUGCAUGCAAACGGCUUCGUCGGUUCCACUGUAAGCAUGACCUGGAUGACGCUCGGCGGCAUUUGGUCUCGAUGCCCGAGAACGAAGAGAAUGGAGGAGAAGGCGAGGGCGGAGGCGAGGACGGAGGCGAGCGAGAAGAGGGAGAAGAGGGAGAAGAAGGAGAAGCUGAGAGAUUCGAGGAACAGAGAGGCAGUGAAGGCGAGACCGCGAAUCCGCAGCGAGAGAAGUUUUCUCUUCACCCUGCGUUGGCGGCGUUCCGAGCUCGCCAGGAAGAAGAGCUGCUAGGCACAACCUUUUCUUCCGAGAACAGAGGCGUUUCUCGUUCUUCCGGAGAGAAGGGAGCGAGAGACUGGAAAGAAGAGAGCGAGGCGACGCCGAGCGGGACUGUGUUCUGCGCGGAUGCGUUUCGAUGCAUCUGUCGCGUAAUCGGCCAGAGAAAUUCUCCAAAGCUAUGCGUCGCCACGCAAGACCGACGCCUGAGAGAGAAGUUGAGAGCAGUGCCGGGCGUUCCGCUCAUCUUUCUGUACAAAGGCGGCAUUCUUCAGCUGGAGCCGCCGACGUCGAAGACCCGCGCGAAGCACGAACUCGAGGAAAAGAAGAAGCUGCGAAUGGGCAAAGAAGAACGACGGCUGUUCCAUGAGACUCGAAGAAGAGUCAAGGCGCAGAACGCUGGGGCUCCCGGCGGCACUGCCUCGUCUCCCUCCUCGGCUCUCCGAGGCGCCGAGAAGAAAAAGAAGAAGGCGCGGAAAGGCGUCAAUCCUCUCUCCUGCAAAAAGUCGCAAAAAACAGUCGUUAAUGCGCCGCCAACGAAAGCAAAGAAGACGCGCUCGCGCAGAAAGAAGGGAUCAGGACCGGCGUCUGGCGAAGGGGGCGGCCCUACGACGUCGUAGUCCUUUUUCGUUGUCAAGAGAACAUCAGGACCUCUCUGAAUUCAAGAUGAGGAGUCUUUACAGAGGUUCUAAGACCAGAAUGCUUCUCAUGUGUCUCAUCGAAAUGAGGAAGCUUCUUCAGAGACUAGGCAACGGCGAACAAGCUGGAUGUACACACAGUUCAAGCUCGUUUCUCUUUUUCCGUUGACUGUAUGUAUAUAUGUGUCCAUAUAAAAACUCUAUAAGUAAACAUAUAUAUCUAUAUAUCUAUAUAGUCUGUGUAUGUCUUUACCGGCCGGUUUAUACGGCUGUCGACAGUCAUGCAGGCAUAAGCAGUCUGUGCAUGCACGCUCGCUCGUAUCUCGCUACAUGCAGUUUUUUUGGCUGCUAUGCAGGCGUCCGUAAAUUUACGGUAGACGUUUCAAACUGUGGUUGCACAGGUUCGGUGGAGGGAGGGCAUUCGUGAACUUAAGAAUCUGGCAUUCGGUUGAUUCACUUUUCCGCAUUGGCUGUCGGAAAAAGUGAGAGUUCGGGGCUCCCCAAACCGGCACUCUCGGGAGUCCUUGAAACGCGAAAUCAUAGAACGGGCGGCGCAGCUUCAAACUGACUGUCAACCGACGACAGACCACCCGAGUACUUUCUACGAGUUCGACUACUGGCCUGCUUCUUAAAAGUCUCUGUUUACCGAAUCCGAGUUCUAUUGUGCUAGGCCUUCGUAGAUGUUGGAGAACGACAGAAAGGCGUCAUGAUUUCAUGGCGGUUCAGGAAGCUCCGAAAGUGAACCUUCUGGCCCCUCGAAAGACAAUUGCGAGAGGCAUUAGGUCGAGUCUCUCACGUCUCAC